AUGGUACCCACUAUGAAGCCUAACUACGAGUCAGUCUCCGAGGAGCUGUCCCCAAAGGCAAGAGUGGUUGAGGAAGCAAAUGAUUAUGGGUUGAUCAACAAUCUCUCGAACCUAUUGGACAUCCUUCCAGAUCUCACCAUGAGCAAGAUUCUACUCACGGGCGCUACAGGAUACGUUGGCGGCACUGUUCUCGCCCAGCUCAUUGCAAGCACAGCACCGAGCAUCAAAGAUCUCACUUUUGACCUCCUCAUCCGCGACGAAACGCAAGCUCAGAAGCUCAAAACCGUAUACGGCUCCCGUGUAAACACCAUCAAAUGGUCCGGCCUGGAAGACGUAGCCUUUAUCGAAGACACAGCGUCCAACUACGACAUCAUCAUCAACACAGGCUCUGGCUUCAUUCCUGGAGGCGCCAUUGCCUUUGUCAAUGGACUCGCUCGCGGCAUCGAUGCUGGCAAGCCGGCGCCAUGGAUACUGCACAUAUCAGGCUGCACCAAUCUGUCCGACCGUCCCAUAUCGCAACCUCGACGACCCAUACGAGAAUGGAACGACGAGACGGACAAAGGCAAAAUCUUCAGCUUCAUGAGAGCACUCGAUGAGAUGGAGCCCUACACGCAGCGGACAACCGAAGUGGGCGUCUUGGAGGCUGCUGAUGCUACUGGCGUACAGGCUAUCAGUAUCAACACACCAUGCAUCUUUGGCGAAGGCAGCGGCCUGUUCAACAGACAAGGCUUGGUCAUUCCCUUGAUCAUGAUGUACGUUGUACAGCAUGGAUACGGCUGGAAGCUCAAUGAAACAGCGAACUUCGAUUGGGUUCACGUCAUCGAUCUCGCCGACAUCUACGUCCUUCUCGUACGGAAGAUCCUCGAACGCGAAGAUCGCGGCGUCGGUUACCUCCCAUCCGGCAAGAACGGUGUCAUAUUUGCGGCCGUCGGGCGCACACUUAUCAAGGACAUCAACCAAGGGUGUCUAGAUGCAGCAUUCGCUGACGGUACCUUGCCACGUGAAGGUACUCCCAAGCAGAAGGAGAUUCGAUCUGUGCCGCUGCAUGAGAUUGCCGACAAGCUCACUGCGGGUCGUCGCGAUAUCGCGGAGCGUGGUUGGGGUGGGCAUAAAGCUACGAAAGCGGUACUUGCACGCAAGCUAUUGGGCUGGAAGCCAAAGAGACAGCAAGAUGCUUGGGAAGCUGACUUCCAAGCCGAGUUGAUUGCACUGAAGGAGAACAGGCGCAUGGUGACGAUGGAGAGCUGCAUCGGCGCGACUAAGAAGUAA